AGAGUCUGGCCAGUGUUUGAAAAUACGUGAACAGGAAGAGAAUGGAGCUGAAUGGAAUAGCAAAGAAGAGUCGGAAAAGGGGUGAAGACAACACAGCCUUUGAGCCAGAGGAGCAGGGUCAGAUAUACAUUGAAGUGGACAGUUCUCCUGAAGCUGCGGACGAUGCACACGACAAGCCAGAACAACAUAACAAAAGCUUGCUUGAGAAGAAAAUGGAGGCAUUCCAGGGCUGUUUGGCAAAGCACAAAGACCAGAUCCGCCUGAUUAAACGCCUGGUUUUAGGAGCAGGCCUCGUUGCCAUAGUGAUAGCGGCAUGUGUCCUGAACUUCAACCGGGCUGUUGUGCUGCUGGUCAUCGCCUUGGUAACCGUAUUCUUCCUGGUCUGGGAUUGGAUGAUGGGCCGCUAUGGCGACCGGGUAUGGGAGGAGCUCUCUCCUAUCAGAGACCUUCUCGGCAAAAACUGGUUUUGGAUCAAAUGGGUCUUGUGUGUGUUACUGCUGGUGUUCGUGGUGUGCUGGCUGGCACUGGACACGGCCCAGCAAGGGACCAGACAGCUUGUGUCUUUCUUUGGUUUGCUGCUCCUCAUCUUCUUAAUGCUGCUGUUCUCCAAACACCCAUUCAGGUGGUGUUGGCAAACUUUAAUCUGUGGGGUCGGGCUACAGUUUGUCUUUGGUCUGCUGAUCCUAAGGACAAAGUUUGGCUUAGAUGGACUGCAAUGGCUUGGAAAACAAGUCGAGACUUUUAUGUCGUUCACAGAUGUUGGGUCUAAGUUUGUGUUUGGUCCAAAUUACAGAGACCACCUCUUCGUCUUCCAGGUGAUGCCUAUACUGGUUUUUAUAAGCUCUGUCGUCUCCAUCCUCUACUACGUUGGCUUCAUGCCCUGGCUCAUUUGCAAGAUUGGAUUCGUAAUGCAGGUUACCAUGGCAACAUCUGCACCAGAAUCAAUGGCCGCAGCUGGAAAUAUAUUCUUGGGACAGACAGACUCACCUCUCUUGAUCCGUCCGUACAUCAGUGGACUAACUUGCUCUGAGAUGCAUGCUGUGAUGGCAGGAGGCAUGGCCGGCGUCUCUGGUACCAUUUUGGGAGCCUAUAUCUCCUUUGGGAUUGAGGCAACACACUUGUUGACAGCAACACUGAUGUCUGCUCCAGCCUCCCUGGCCAUCGCCAAGAUGUUCUGGCCUGAAACAGAGACGCCCAGUGUAUCAACCAGUGAUGACCUCCAGCUGGACCAUGGAGACAGUAAGAACGUGUUUGAGGCAGCAUCCCAAGGUGCAUCUUCUGCAGUGGGUUUAGUGGCCAACAUUGUUACCAACCUCAUUGCCUUCAUGGCACUGUUAGCCUUUUUAAAUGCUGUCCUCGCCUGGCUGGGCGGGAUGUUGGACUGUCCGCAGCUCAGCUUCUCGCUCAUCUGCUCAUACGUGUUCAUGCCUCUCUCGUUCAUGAUGGGUGUUUCCUGGGAGGACAGUUUCAUUGUUGCUGAACUGAUUGGCAUCAAGACAUUUAUAAAUGAGUUUAUUGCCUAUAAGAAGUUGUCAGAGUUAAUUAAGAAGCGGAAAUCAGGAGGACCAGAAUAUGUGGGCAACGUAAAGCAGUAUAUUUCUGUCCACUCUGAAACCAUUGCGACCUACGCUUUGUGUGGAUUUUCCAACUUUGCUUCGAUGGGGAUAGCAAUCGGGGCGAUGAGUGAGUGCCACCUCAUGAGUUGUGAGCAAAGCUGAGCACCAACGUCAAACAGGCGAACAGGAAAAUUAAAGUUCAGAAAGUUAUUGGCUGGUGUCAUAUGCUGCAAAAAUCAAAGUGUUGAAAAGUAUACUGAGUAAACAUGUUCUCAUUUAAAUUCAGCAUGAGGCUAAUUGUCCCAGAUGUCUUAAUACAAAGCACACAGCACUAGAUACAAUCUAUGCCACACACACACUGUGGAAAUGUACAGGAUGGAAAAUAAAGAGUUUUUCGGCUGGCAUGAGUGGGAGUAAGUGGUGAUGAAUCCAUCUGUUACAUUUAAGCAAGUUGCAGUGU